CACUGCUGGGAACAGGUGGGGCACUGCUGGGAACAGGUGGGCAGGGCUAGUGGGCGCACUGCUGGGCGGAACUUGCGGUGUCACUGCUGGGCACCGAUCAUCAGGGCACUGAUCAUCAAUAGAUAGGUGGCAUUGAUGGACACUGGCAGGUGGCACUGCUGGGGCUACACUGAUCAUCAGUGCCCUGAUGAUCAGUGCACAUGUCCUCUCUGAGGAAUGCUGAUUACCGGCUCUCCUCUCGUGCUGUCAGCGUGACAGCUCGUGAGGAGAGAAAUGCUGAUAACCAGCAUUUCCCU